AUGGCGAUCCGUUUUGGCAUGGCCUCCCGAAGGAUUUGGAGGGAGCUGGUGGCGAAGUACCCGCAGGGCGUAAAGCAUCUGGCACUGGGUCGUCCAGAUGGCUGGUGCGUGCUUUUCAACAACGAUGCAUGGGAAUGGAAUUUACCAUCUCAUCCUGAACUGUCAGAAAGGCUUCGCUCAGAGGUGACAACAUUGAGGUAUUUGUGUAUCGGCGACAACGGCAAGUAUUACCUUGAGGCCCAAGGUCAGCGAUGCCAGUGGCGGGCAGGAAGUCGCCUAAGCGAUUUCUUGUCGUACUGCUGCAACAGAAGCUUACGGCAGGAGAAGGCCAAGUCCGCUCUUGCUGACAGCUCCGCUUUACCCGCCGCACAUGCAGAGCUCAUGACAAUAUUUGUGAAGAUGCUAGAGGAACAUCAUGAGGAUUGUUACUUCGAGCAGAUGCUUGAGGACAUCAAGAGCAAGCUUCUUUUUGAUCCACAGUUCACUCGUGUGUACUCCUUCAGUCCUGCUUGCUAUGGACAUCGAGGAGGACAGCCAUACUUCAAGCCAUGUGGAUGGCGCAGAUGCUCUCUGGCGAUCGACAAAUUCGAAGAGUACUCAAGUUGGUGCAUAGCAUACCAUGGGACAAGUUGCAGGAAUGUUGCAUCCAUCAUGAUUCGUGGACUCAGAAGGCCAGGUGACGAGGGUGUCCAUGUUGCGCACGGUCAGGCUCACAGCACUAGCGGCUGCAGUAUUUAUGUCAGCCCAUCUAUUGAGUAUGCUGCUUUUCCAGUUUAUGCGGAGCUCUUCGAGUUGCAGGAGAACCGUUGGGCCCAGCUUGUUCUUGAGUGUCGCGUUCGUCCAAGCUCGUUCACAGUGAAGCCAGGAUCCUUAGGGAACAAAUAUUUGCCAGACCAUCUUCGCAUGGAUCAGAACUUCGCUACGAAUGCCGAGCUGGAGUGGCUGAUUGAGAAGCCAGAAGACGUCGUAUUCACUGGGCUCAUGAUCCGUGAGUUCGGAGAAGCUGCAAGCGAAGCGAUCUACGGAAGUUUGGUGCGCCAAGUGACUGCAGGAAGCAAGGGACCACAGUUUGAAUGGACAAAGCUGCGUGCAGCAGAGUACCAGCGUCUGCAGCAAUGCCUCUGA